UUUUGCGAUAGACUAGAAACAAUAAAAUCACUAUUCAAAUUAUUACAGUAAUUUAGAAAUUAAAAAAAACAAUGCGGGAGACAUCGCGACUCGAAAUAAAACACGAUUUUAAAAUAAUCAUGUUUUGAUAUCGUUACUGUUUAACGAAAGAUCUUAGUACCAAUGUUGUUUGUUUGUAUUCUUGUUUAUCGUUAGUGUUACUAAAAACAUUAGGGACACUCAUAGUCCACUAAACACCGUCAUUAUUAUCGUUUCGAAUAUCUUAAUUACGUUUUAAGUGUAUUAAUUAUCAAUUUAAUUAAUUUAUUAUUUCAACUAUACUUUCAAACAGGUCAUUAUUUUAAUAUUUUCCAAAUGGAACAUGGAGAUUUGGUACGCUCUUCAAAAGGACGAUCACUUAGACCCAUACGAAAUCGACGAUAUAAUAGACGAAUUUUUGAUGAUGAUCGACGUCCUGCAAAAAGAUUAUUCACGCCAGAAAUUAAAAAGUACUUAAAAGAUUGGUUAAUAAGACGACGUGAGAAUCCAUACCCAUCACGAGAAGAAAAAAAGAAUUUAGCAAUUGAAACAGGCUUAACGUACAUUCAAGUAUGCAACUGGUUUGCAAAUUGGAGGCGAAAAUUAAAAAACGCUGGUCGAGAGCCACAAAGAAAAACAUGGUCACAUUUAAUAAAAACAUACAAUAGUCAAGCGAAAGGGAAUGUUGAACAUUUUAGUAUAUGCUCAGACGACUCAAUUUGGGAAGAAUUCGAAACUGAAACACAAUCACAGGAAAAUCUAACACCAACAACAUUAGACCAUUGUUAUACAGCUAUUACUCAAAAAAUGGAUGCUCAACAAGAAGAACCAGUGUCGUUCACAAGCUCAAAUAAGUAUAAGAGUCACAUAAUGGAAAAAUAUUUAAGAGAUAUUGAUAAGUUAUCAAUUAAUGAUGAUACAUCCAAGGACAAAGACGAUUCACCGCUUUUAUUAACGAAAUGGUUAGAAAGUACAGCAAACUUUCAACCAUGCCAAAAAAAUUAUAUCGAUUGGUGUGGUAAUCGAAAUAAUAACAAUAAUAAUAAUAAUACCAUUAGGAAAAAAACGAAUUUUUUGAAAAAUGAUAUAAAUUCAAUAGCGGGUAAACAUUUACGUGAAGAGCUAGACGCAGCUGAAGCAUUAACUUGUUUAGCUAAUGCGAAUAUAUUGUGAAAUACAUUGCGUUCCAAGUAAUAUUAAUAGAAAAAUUCUUUUAGCUGUGAUUUAUAAGCCUUGAA